AUGGAUACUCCCCUGAAUAUAAUGAAUACGCACACGAAGUUAAAGCACCCAUUUAUGCCACUUAUACUGACAAUAAACCAGUAUAUGAAUCUUACCAGGAAAGUAGAUUAUAUCGCUGAUGACCACGGAUUUAGAGCUUCUAUCUCUUCCAAUGAACCGGGAGUCGGAUCCGCCAGCCCGGCUGACGUUCAACUGUAUGCUAAGGAGCCGCCGGCAGUCGCACCCUAUAAAGCGCAGAGUUAUGGCCACCCAAUCUAUGCUCAGGUGCCAAAGCCGUACGCUUCAUAUCCCGUUCCCCAAUACCAUCCCUACCGACACUAUUAAUUGUAUGAAAUCAUAUUCGAGACACUUUUGAUUACUAAAGAC